AUAGGAUUGAAAUCAAUGAAAUGAAUGGAUGGGCAAAUAAAGUCUAUCCACUUCUUACACUUGCUAAGCUUAUGCCUUGGCUCCCCAGCCUUCUCUUCUCUCUCUUUCUUCUGUCGGUUACUCUUUCCUUGUUUAAUGUCCUCUUUUUCACUUUCACUUCGCUUUCAGAAACUCUCUCUCAGCUACCGUCUAAUAUCUUCAUUUUCCCUGUACACGGUAAAACAAGUUCAAAGCCUUUUUGGCAUCUCCUUGCCGUUCAAGAAACUAGUUUCUUUUAAGCCUACCUCAAGUUCAUGGGGUUUGGAGAAACAAAGAGUUCAUCAAGCUAUGGCAAGCCUCCAUGGAUAUUCAAAGGCAGUGCCUUGUAUCAGCUCCAUCUUGUGAAAGCUGAAACGGCUAGAACAUUCAUACCAAAGGAGUUUCGACUGGUUGAAGCUUUUGGAUACACACUUGGUGGUUUUUUCCUUGCCAAUUAUGAUGACAGCCCUGCCGGGGUCUUUGAUGAGCUUGUGGUGGUCGCAGGAAUUGUGUGGAAUCCCCCAACAUCUUGCGCAUGGGCAGCUAGGGUUCUUGUGAACAGUGAAGAAGCUUGCCAUCAUGGACGAAAGGAUGUAGGGCUUCCAAGUCAGGUAGCCAGAUUUUCAAAGAGAAUUACACCAGUUCCAAGACAAAGAAAGGGUAAUUUUGGUGGCUUCCUAAACCGGAUUGGUAUGGGCACUACUAUCCAUCACUCAAAAGAUUGCAUGGACGUUCAGGUAGCCGAAGUUGUGGGUCAAGCUUCAGCAGAUAUCUGCAGUAUCAAACUUAUAACUGAUGUGCCAACACCGAGAUUCAACAAAUGGAUGGGCCCAUCGAUCACAAUGUCACUUCCAAGCUUUAGUGGUCAGACAGAAUAUAAUCCCAACCUUUUGAAGUAUUCUUGCCGUAUUACCUGCAGAGUACGAGCAGUGCGGCCAGCGAAAGUAUCAGGGCCAUCACCUCUAAAGGACAGAGACUGUGAUUUGGAAACUACAGAUUUUACACCUGAUGAACCUGUAGACAAUGGAAGAAACCUCAGCAUAUCCGUUUUGUUAUCAAAGCCUAUACUAGCUUUGGAGUUCAAUUGCUUGGACAUGCAGGUCGAAGCCCCCAUCAUAGUCUCCAACGACUCUACAAGCUCUUUACGAGCUGCUUGAGCAUCUGGCUCUUUUGUUGGUCAUUUCGACACAAAAUA